ACACAGGCAUGGCAAGCUCAAGCAGCAGUUCACCAUGGGGCAAGCUUCUGUUCAAAGCCAUCCUGAUGGUCCUGGUGGCUCUCGUCCUCCUCUACUCAGCGUCGGCCCAGUCCCAUAGAGACUUUGCACCACCAGGGCAGCAGAGGAGAGAGGCCCCAGCUGAUCUCUUGACCCAGAUAGGGCGAUCUGUGCGGGAGACCCUGGAUGACUGGAUUGGGCCAGAGACCACGCACCUGGUAUCAGAGACUUUGUCCCAGGUGCUGUGGGCCAUCUCUUCAGCUAUCUCUGUGGCCUUCUUUGCUGUGUCUGGGAUCUCUGCGCAGCUGCUGAAUGCCCUGGGGCUGGAUGGUGACCACCUCACCCAGGGCCUGAAGCUCAGCCCUGGCCAGGUCCAGACCUUCCUGCUGUGGGGCGCAGGGGCCCUGGUCACCUACUGGCUGCUGUCCCUGCUCCUGGGUUUGGCCUUGGCCCUGCUGGGGCGGAUCCUGUGGGGCCUGAAGCUCGUCCUCUUCCUGGCCGGCUUCGUGGCCCUGGUGAGGUCAGUGCCCGACCCUGCCACCCGGGCCCUGCUGCUCCUGGCCCUGCUGACUCUCUACGCCCUGCUCAGCCGGCUCACCGGCUCCCGGGCCUCGGGGGCUCAACUGGAGGCCAAGGUGCGGGGGCUGGAGCGUCAGGUGGAGGAGCUGCGCUGGCGGCAGCGGCGGGAAGGGGCCCUGUGGCUGCCUCGUGUCAAGAAAAGAGCAGUCGCUCUCAGAAUCCCCAUCGCCUUCAACCACAGCAAAGAUGGCUGCCGUUUUGUAGGCGUGUGCCUGCAAGGAGAGGAGUUACUGAUCGGUGCCCACCCAGUGGCCUGGGAAGAGCACAGGCAGCUGCCAACCGUCUCCUCCCCACCAGGGUGCCCCUGCGAGGCCGCGAGGGGCCGCUUCUUCCUCUGA